AUGAAAACCAAGGCAGUGACCAGGGAUCCCUCUGCUGCCUCCACCUCUUCCACCCAGGAUGGGUCAGUCCUCCUAGUACCUCCUCACCCAUCCGGUCGGGAUCCUUUUGCUGGAAGGGAGAGAGUCGAGGCGAUCGAUCUGACCCUGGACGGGCUUCUGUAUGCCAGAAGCAGCGAAGACGAGGAGGAGGAGGAGGAGGAAGAAGAAGAAGAAGAAGACCAGGAAGAGGAAGAAAACGCGUGUCUCAAGGAGCACGAACAGCUACCUGGCUCCUCCUUGGUCCAGGAAAGUUCCGGGUUGCCGUCGGGCAAAGACGCCCUGGACCGGGUCCUGGAUACCUUUCUGACCUCGGCCUCCAGUCACUCGGACAGCCCCUCGGCGGCCUGGUCGUCUUUCUUCGGCUCGGAGAUCCCCGAGUUGACCGCUGGGCUCCCCAACCGGCGCUCCCUCGACGGCAAAGAAGAGGGCGCGCCCGCAGACGCCGCUUCCCUGCCGCCUCCGCCUCUUUCUCCCACGGCCACCGCCUCUCCUUCCCUUUGGAAGGCGGCUAAAGAUGCGGAGGGAGCUCCUUUUAAGAGCCCGAGGGGCAGGGCCCCAGCCCCCGCAGCCUCGACGCUGCCCAAAGGAGCGCAGCAGCCUCCGGGCUCGGCCGAGGGAGAGCUGCUCCCCGGGGCUGGCCGCGCGGUAGCGGCCUCCUUCUCCUCUUCCUCCUCCUCCUCCUCUUCCCUCUCUUGCAAGCUCCCGCCGACUUCAGCCGCGGGACGCUCCCCCCUGGCCGCCCCCUCCAGCUGCUCCGACUUCCUCAACGUGCCCAUCCUGCCUCUCAACCCGGCCUACUUAGCCGCCCGGACGCGGCAGCUGCUGGACGUGGAGGAGUCCCAGGACUGGAGCCCCUUCUGCGGGCACCCAAACGCCGCUUCCUCGCCCGCCCCCUGCAACCUCCAGGACUUCGCUAACUUCGUCUACCCGCCCCGAGACGGGCACCCGCCGCCGGCCCUGCUGCCGCUGCCGCCGCCUCCGCCGCCGCUUUACCUCCUGGGCUCCGGCGGGGACUUUCAGCCCAGCUUCAAAAUCAAAGAGGAGAGCCUGGCGGCCGCCGUGGCCAAAAACAGCAGCGACGGCGGGGCGCACUUGGGCACCUUGCCGGCCGCCCCGGCGCCCUGCCCGGACUACGCUCCGCCGAUCGCCGCCGCUUCGCUGCCCAAGAGUAGCAUGAGCGGCCCGGAAGCCGCCGCCGCCGCUGCGCCCCCCUCGUCGACCCUGGAGUGCGUUCUCUACAAGGCGGAGGUGGCGGCGGCGGCUGUCGGCGCCCUCCCGGGCUCUUACGGACUAGCGCCUUACAAAGCCUCCGCCAGCUCCAUAGCGCAGAGGGAGGCUCUGUCUUUGCCCUCUACCUCGGGCGCCCCGCCUCAAGCCCUGUACCAGCCGCUCGCCUUUCACAGCCAGCAGCCGUUCUAUUCGCCUUACUUGGGCUACCUAAGGUCUGAUCCUGAAGCUGGUCAGAGCCCUCAGUAUGGGUUUGAACCUUUGCCCCAGAAGAUCUGCCUUAUCUGUGGUGAUGAAGCUUCUGGGUGCCACUAUGGUGUCCUCACUUGUGGAAGCUGCAAAGUCUUCUUCAAAAGAGCAAUGGAAGGUCAACAUAAUUAUCUAUGCGCAGGGAGGAAUGACUGCAUAGUGGAUAAGAUUCGUCGGAAAAACUGCCCUGCGUGUCGCUUGAGAAAGUGCUGUCAAGCUGGCAUGAUACUUGGAGGUCGAAAGUUUAAGAAGUUUAAUAAGGUCAAAAUGCUAAGAGCUUUAGAUGUUGUCGCACUCCAACAGCCAGCAGCCCUUCCAAAUGAAAGCCAAACGUUGGUACAGAGGCUUUCAUUUUCACCAAGUCAAGACAUUCAAUUUAUCCCUCCACUGAUCACUGUCUUACAAAGCAUUGAGCCAGAGGUUGUCUACGCAGGUUAUGAUAACACAAAACCAGAAACUCCAAGUGCUUUGUUGACCAGCCUCAAUUACCUAUGUGAGAGGCAGCUCCUCUGUGUAGUCAAGUGGUCCAAGUCAUUACCAGGAUUUCGGAGCUUGCAUAUUGAUGACCAGAUAACUCUUAUCCAGUAUUCAUGGAUGAGUCUAAUGGUCUUUGCGCUGGGAUGGAGAUCAUAUAAACAUGUCAGUGGUCAAAUGCUGUACUUUGCUCCUGAUCUAAUAUUAAAUGAACAGAGGAUGAAAGAAUCAUCGUUCUACUCCCUGUGCCUGUCCAUGUGGCAAAUUCCACAAGAGUUUGUCAAGCUACAAGUAAGCUGUGAAGAGUUCCUUUGCAUGAAAGCCUUGCUCCUCCUGAAUACAAUUCCUUUGGAAGGACUCAGAAGCCAAAAUCAGUUUGAUGAUAUGAGAUCCAGUUACAUCAGAGAGCUGGUCAAAGCAAUUGGGCUGCGACAGAAAGGGGUGGUAGCCAGUUCUCAACGUUUCUACCAGCUCACAAAGCUUAUGGACUCCAUGCACGAUCUUGUGAAGCAACUUCACUUAUACUGUCUCAACACAUUUCUUCAGUCCCGGACGCUGAGUGUCGAAUUCCCAGAGAUGAUGUCAGAAGUGAUAGCUGCCCAGCUUCCAAAGAUAUUGGCAGGAAUGGUGAAACCGCUUCUCUUUCACAAAAAGUGACUUGCUUCUCCAUCUGUCUGUCCACAAUC